ACACCCAAAGAAAGCAUUGCUUUUGGUUGGCUUUCGUAGUUUGUUUUCCUCUUCCCCCGGCACUGCAAAUACACCUGGGUAUAAAAUGGUGGUUCAUCACCAUGCUAAUAUGCUGUUCCAUUUUCUGAAGUACACACGCUAUGUUCCAAUUUUGGAAGGUAAGGCUUUCCUUCCUCAUUUCCAAUUUUGGAAGGUAAGGCCGUAAAGGCUUUCCUUUCCUUCCUCUCAAAUUCAAUGGACGACCCACUGAAGCUCCAGGAGUUCCGGGUCCAGCUCUCACUUCCAGGACAGCCAUAGAAGCCCAAGAACAAUUAUGUACUCAAAAUAAGCUCAUUCACAAAUUGAACAUAACCCUCCAGAAUUCUCUCUGGCUGUGAUUCACUUUCUGGUCUUUGGUUUGUGGCUACAGUUCAAGGCAGUGUGUUCAUACUCAUUAUCUUGUUGAAAUCUCGAGUAAUAAUUCCUGCGGUAAUAAUUCUUGCGGUUUCAGUUUAUAGUACUACCCAAAUGAGAAAUAAUUACAGGAUCAAUAAUUGCACUGGCAGCUUCUGAAGCUGUAGUUUCUUUAUAGUCUGUCAGAAACAGUUAAUCUUGAGUAUGAACAUUCCUUCUUUUACUGUCGACAUGAAUUUUCUCUCUUAUAUAGGCAGCUAAGGUUAUUGUUAGCAGCUAAGGUGAAAGGACAUUGAUUGCACAAUACUAUAUGUACCAUCAUUGGUGUGAAGACUAGUUUCCAAGAACAGCUAGGAUCUGCUCUCUUAAAGACUGGAAGUAGCAAAUUAGCACAAGCAGGAGCAGUAUCUUAAGUUUUACUGCUUUAGCCAUUAAAGACUACCAUACUGCAUCAUCUUGCUUUUGAUACCUGAAACAAACUCAAUGCAGGUAGCACAGCUGCUUGAAAAUGAGGAGCUUGUCGGAGUGGUUCGAGGAUGCAUCAAGCAUGUGGGGACUGGUUUUGGGGGAGUAUAUGUGAUGGGUUGCAUACUAGGCCUUCGAGUCUCUCCCACACACCGGCGGAUGGGAAUUGGAUUUCAAUUGAUGAACUCAGUGGAGGAGUGGCUGCUGAGAAAAGGAGCACAGUACACAUUCCUGGCCACCGAAAGGAACAACACCGCCUCUACAAAUCUAUUCACUUCCAAAUGCAAUUACGAGAACAUCAGCUCACUAAUCAUAUUUGUGCAACCAAUUUGUUCAUCUGCAAAACAUCUGCUGCCUCAAAAUAUUAAAAUAGAGAAGUUGCAUGUAGACCAGGCAAUUUCCCUGUACGAAAAUAAGCUAAGAAGCAAAGACAUAUCUCCAACAGACAUGGAUGUGAUCUUAAAGGAAAAGCUCAGCCUGGGCACUUGGGUGUGUUAUUUCGAAGAACAGGGUUGGAUCAACUUGGACAGUGAGGGAAACAACAAGGGAACAAUCACCAAAACGCAAAGCUCUUGGGUCAUCUUUAGCAUAUGGAAUAAUUGUGAACCUUACAAGCUUCAUAUAAGAAAGUCACAUCCUCUAAGGUAUUUUCAUGCUACCUUAAACCAUGCAAGAGAGAAAAUCUUUUCCUGUUUGAAAAUGCCUCAGAGUAAGGUCUCGGUGCAAAGCUCCCUUGGGUUUCUCUUUCUCUAUGGGAUUCAUGGGGAGGGAGAGCAGCUUGGUGAGCUUAUGAAAUCUGUUUGGAACUUCGCAUUAGGAUUGGGGCAGAAUGUGAAGGACAGCAAGUUGAUUAUAACUGAGCUGGGGCAGUGUGAUCCUCUCAUAAAGCAUGUCCCAGACAAUCCCAGCAUUUCACGAAUCCAUGAUCUCUGGUACGCGAAAAGUUUGAGCAGCCACCACCCUGAUGACCAAGAUGCUCUGCUAAUGAAGGGUCCUUUGGGAAAUGUGUUUGUUGAUCCAAGGGAAUUCUAGGGUUAGUUUGCCUGCCCCUCAGUGCCCAAUCUUCCCAAACAGCCAGAACUAGAGUCAACAAUUUUAUGUAUUGUUUCUUCUAUUUGGUUGCUUGCAGUUAUUGGGCACAAAAAUUGGCCAUCAUAUUGCGAUGGUGUAAUUUAGCCAGUGUAGUAUUCAUUUGCCAAUGAUAUAUUAGUAUGUAAUUCAAGAAAAAAAUCCUCAGUUUGAACAAUUACAUGGACGGUGUGUUGUCGUGCACCCACAAAUAUGGGGGAAGUUAUGGUACAUGUAGUUCGUUUUGAUUUCCAGUUCUA